CUUCAGACUACCUUAUAGCACAGCAUCACCUCUCCGCGGCCCCCCUCCCCUCUCCCCUCUCCCCUCACAUACACACUUUUGCAUCCUAAGCUGGAGAGGUCCGGAGGGUGGGUUAAUGGGUGCGUGGCGGCGGGGGGUGCUGGGUAGGCUACCUUGCCUGCACCAUCACUUGAAAAGCCGGAGAACAUAAAGCCACCUCGUCACUUUGAGGGCGGAUAUCGGCCAGUCCUCAUCCUCUCCUCCUCUCUUCCUCCUUCCCCGCACUCUCCCACUCGGUCUCCAUCCGUCUUCAUGGUUCUGAUCUCACCCCACGCCAUGCAAGCCACCCGGGCGUCCUCCACCGUCAGUGUGUUUGCGGACUGCAGCAUCCCGGCAGGGCUCCGGAUUGGACCGGUACCCGGCAUCUUCAAGCUGGGGAAGUACGUGUCGGACCGUAAGGAAGUUGGACCCAAGAAGAAAAUCCGGUUGGUACUGGGCGAGUUUGUGGACGAGUCGGCCAGUCCCGUGCCAGACUGGAUCGGAUUCAUCCGCGCUGCCCGGAACAGUCAAGAACAAAACCUGGAAGCUGUGUCGGAUUUACCUGGCGGACAGAUUUUCUACCGUGUGCUGAGAGAAAUCCCUGCAGGAGAGGAGCUCAGUGUUUGGUACUCCAACUCUUUGGCCCAGUGGUACGAUAUUCCCACGACGGCCACUCCCACGCACGACGAGAAAGGUGAGGAGCGUUACAUCUGCUGGUACUGCUGGAGAAUAUUCAAAUACCCGAACACACUCAAGGGCCACAUCCACUUCCACUGCGCUCCGAGCAACGGGCGGGGGUUUGUGAGUAACGAGCAGGCCAGAGGCACAGAGUCCUUCAGCAGGUCACCAAAGUCCGGAGAUAUUCCCACCACGUCCACCUCUCCCAGGAGCGGUCACAGUAACUCCUCCAUCUCAGAUUCUGGCAGGCGGGCGGUGUCCUCCUCGCCAUUUCUAAACAAACCGGGGCUGCCGAGGAAAAGCAGCUCCGUGGAGCAGGACAGGGCCCUCGACAUGAGCGUGACCUCAGCGAGGAACCAGGCACACCUCCUCGGCCUCGGCACCACAUCUUCAGUGCUGAGCGGCAUGGGCUUCCACCCCGGCGUGCGCUCUGCUUUCAAACCGACCGGCGUCUCCAAAGUCCCAGGCACAGAGGCCAGAGAGGACGCCACCGGGAAGCUGGGCGGCAUGGGGUUCAGCAAACUCAUCGGGAACAUGAAACCAGUCCGCAGUGUGGGCGAACCUCUAAAUGAAGGAGGAAACAAUCCUACAAAAUGCGCACCUGCAAUUAUAGACACCACAUCUCCAGUCGUGCAGUGCACAAACGCUGUCCGGGGUUUCCCGUUGUUGCCUCACAUGGAGGAGUCAUCGGCUUUUAAGCACGUAGAGAGUCGUAUGCAUCCCGGCCUUUCCCCAUCACGUUACCCACAAAUGCCUCCUGGACUCCAUUUCGAAAGGUUCUCUCUCUCUCAUUUUGACACAGUUAAGACCUAUGGUGGAGACUGUAACAUCCCACUCAUGCCCUUCACUGUCUAUAACGGGGAGCUCCUGUACAGUUCACCUUAUUAUCCGCUGAAAUUCCACUUCAGCAAUCUCCUCAAGUACCCAGAGUCCAUAUCCUACUUUGGCACGCCCUCAGUGAACCAAGACCUGGGUUCAAUCACCAGCAUUGACCGGGAAAUCGCCAUGCACACGCAACAGCUGUCUGAAAUCGCUGCAGAGAAAAACAGGACGAGGCUGGACGCGAUGCCCACUGGAAGCGCCAGCAGCGCCGGGUCUGGCAAACCCAAAAAGGGACACCUGUGUUUGUACUGCGGCAAGCUGUACUCGAGGAAAUACGGCCUAAAAAUCCACAUGAGGACUCACACAGGUUACAAACCGCUCAAGUGCAAAGUGUGUUUCAGGCCUUUUGGAGACCCCAGCAACCUGAACAAACACAUCCGGCUCCACGCUGAGGGAAACACGCCCUACAGGUGCGACUUCUGCGGCAAGGUGCUGGUGCGGAGACGGGACCUGGAGAGGCACGUUAAGUCCAGACACCCCGGGCAGACCGUUAAGAAACCGGAUGACAAACCAGGAGGCCUGUUUGAGGACGCAGAGCAAAAGAGCGACGACAGUGAUGUAGAUGUGUGCUUUACCGACGACCAGAGCGACCAAGAGUCCAGCAAAAAUAAUGACUGAGAUGUUUUAUGCCCAUAGAAAGACUGUUCAUUGUCUUUGAAUUGUGUGCACAGCAAGACGUGUCAUUUAGUCUUGUAUGAAUUCCGGCAUUUUUACAUAUUAGAGAGUGGUGCGAGGGCGUCUGGGCCGUCGGCAGGUGCCAUCCAAAAUGUCCAAACUUAAUGAUACAUUUGGCGUUGAAACAUUGCUCUUUGAUUUUGGUGGGGCUUGUGGCUACAAAUUAAAGGUUUUGUUUCUUUUUUUUCACCAUGAUAUAGAUAAAAAUCCAAAGCUCAAAGAUUCCAUUUGGGCACGCACAUAAAGUUUUUCUCAGAUAUUUAGCUGUUAGUUACAGUAAUCAGGCAGAUAAACUACUCAGUGUCUUGCUCAAGGAUAUUUCAGAAAUGUCUCACUUCUUCAGAGCAAAUCAUCUGUGGCCUUUGGCGUUUGACAUGUUUUAUUGUGCUUAAAAACCAAUUUUGUCAGUGGUGUUCCACACAGUUUCCUUUGUUUCAGUUGCCAGUCACCACCAUUGUUUUGUAGUUUUGAUGCAAACGGAGAACUCUCUUCAUCUGCUGUGUUUCAUAACACCGAGACAACAAAAGCAUGAAAUCAACAGCAAAGGAAACGUGAAGACAGAUUUACAUCAGUUAACCACAUUUUCCAUUGCAUACAAAACAAAACCAAAAACAAUCAAACAAACAAAAAACACUAUUAGGACACAGGAGACUCAAUGACUUCUCACUAACAUGUUCUGCAGUGUAAAAGGUUCAUAGGACUGUUUUUGCCGUUAUGACAAACCUUGGCGAUGGCCUCUUAAUGAAAGGUUUAAUAAAAAAUAUCCAUCACACGGGACCGGGACACAUUCAUGGGAUAUCAUUAUUUGGACAAUAAUUCGAUUUUUUUAUUUCUCAGUUGCACUUUAAAACAUCAAGGGACAUUUCAUUCCAGCAAAACAGCCGCAAGAUAAUUGUUCUAAUCGGGCUUAAAGAGCUGUGACUCCGUGCGCCUCAGCGGAUAACACUGUAUUUAAGUUUGCACUCUCUUGUCGAGGCGCACGGUGAAGGAAGUGUUUCUAAAGAAGGACAGUGUAUUGACUGCAGUUAUAAUCUUCUGUAAAACCGUGUUGAGAUUG